GUGCGAUUGAUGAAUUAAUUUGUCAUAAUCUUCUUUCAUUCCUUUCGUUUCCUACAGAUUUCUUUUAAUUUUGAUUAGCUGAUAUCGUUUUGUGUCUCUCCAUUUUGUUUUGUUGCCGCUUGUUUUGGUUGGAAUUGCUGCAAGCCAAUCAAACAUGAUUGUUGGUGGUUUUGAAUUUGGAAAUCAGAACUGUGUUGUUACCGUUGCAAGGCAAGGAGGUAUUCGCGUAGUGCCUAAUCAUGAAUCAAACCAGGAAACUCCUCUUGUAGGGCCAGUAGCAACCGCAUCAUUUUUGAAGGAUUCAAACCAAACAAAUGCAAUAUCUCAUAUAAAGAGCCUGAUUGGACGCCAUUUUUCUGAUCCACACCUGCAGCGUGAUCUAGAGUCAGUGCCUUUCUCGGUCACGGAAGGCCCUGAUGGCUAUCCCUUAGUACAUGCUUGGCAUUUGGGAGAAUGUAAGUCGUAUACACCUGCUCAGCUAUUGGGAAUACAGUUUUCCAAUUUGAAGAGAAUUGGAGAAAAGAAGUUAACUGCACCACUUGUAGAUUGUUGCAUUGGAAUUCCUGUUUAUUUUACUGAUAUCCAGAGGAGGGCUGUGACAAUUGCUGGUUUAAACCCGCUCCGUCUUAUGCAUGAGACCGAUGCUACUGCCUUGGCCUAUGGCUUCUGGAAAACUGAUCUACCAGAAAAUGAACUAAUAAAUGUCGCUUUUAUUCACGCGGGGCAAACGAGUUUGCAAGUAUGUAUUGCUGCAUUCAAGAAAGGUCAGCUCAAAAUUUUGGCUCACACUUUCGAUCGUUCCCUGGGUGGAAGAGAUUUUGAUCAAGCUCUUUACCAAUAUUUUGCUGCAAAAUUCAAGGAUGAAUAUAUGAUUGAUGUUUAUCAGAGUGCAGCGGCUUGUAAAAGUCUCCGUGAAAUACUGAAGAAAAUGCUCAGUGCUAAUAAUCCUGAAGUUGAAAUAGGCUAUAUCAAGAGAGAGGAGUUUGAACAAGUUUGCACCUCAAUUCUGGAGCCUGUGAAGAAGCCUCUGGAAAAGGCUCUAGCAGAUGCUGGACUGACAAUUCAGAAUAUACACUCAUUUGAAAUAGUAGGCUCAAGGUCCCAAGUCCCUGCCAUGGUUAAGAUCUUGACUGAUUUCUUCGGGAUGGAGCCUAGUCGGACAAUGAAUGCAAAAGCAUGUGUUGCCCUAGGCUGUGCUUUACAGUGUACUAUUCUUAGUCCUUCAUUUAAAGUUAGGGAAUUCCAGGUUAACGAGAGCUUCCCGUUCCCCAUUUCUCUGACAUGGAAAACUCCUGAUGGCGAUACGCAAAACAGAGCAGGUGGUGAUAAUCUGCAGACCACUGUUGUAUUCCCGAAGGGAAGCCCAAUACCUAGCAUGAAAGCUUUGACGUUCUAUAUGUCUGAGACCUUCGCAUUAGAUGUUCAAUAUGCUGAUGUCAGUGAAUUGCAAGCUCCUGCAAAGAUCAGCCGUUAUACGAUUGGACCUUUCCAGUCCACAAAUGGUCAGAAGGCAAAAUUGGAAGUCACAGUGUGUCUUAAUCUUCAUGGUAUUGUGUCUGUUGAAUCUGCAACUCUGCUUGAAGAAGAUGAAGAAGAAGUAGAUGUUGCAGUUGUUAAAGAGUCUGACGAAGAGCCAGCUAAGAUGGAGACUAAUGAGCUUCUUGCUGACCCUGUUCCCCCAAGUACUGCUGAUGUAAAUAUGCAGGAUUCAGAAACUGGAGCUCCUGCUGCUGAUAAUGGCAUUCCGGAUUCGGGAGAUAAUCCCGUUCAGAUGGAAACUGAUGUCGAGGUGGAUGCUCCGAAGAAGAAGGUUAACAAGAAAACCGUGCCUGUGUCAGAAGUUGUAUUUGGAGCUCUUGCUGCUCCAGAUGUACAAAAAGCUGUGGAGGAGUUGGAGAUGGCUUUGCAGGAUCGAUCUAUGAAGGAAUCCAAAGACAAGAAGAAUGAUGUCGAGUCUUAUGUUUAUGAUAUGAGGAAUAAACUUGAUGAUAAGUAUUAUUAUGUUGUCACGGAUUCAGAGCGAGAGCAAUUGAUUACCGGACUUCAGGAGGUAGAAGACUGGUUAUAUGGGGACGGUAAAGAUGAAACCAAAUGUGUGUAUGCUGCCAUGCUGGAGGAGCUCAAGCAGCAAGGUGAUGCUCUAGAGGAGCGCUACAAGGAGCACACAGAGAGGGGAUAUGGGAUUGACCGAAUGAUUUGCCAAGCCGUUAAUUUCAUCAAUUAUUACAAAGAUGCAGCAAUGUCCACUGAUACCAUGUUUGAUCAUAUUGAUGUGGCAGAGAAGCAAAAGGUUUUGAAUGAAUGUGUGGAAGCUGAAGCUUGCUUGAGAGAGAAAGUACAAGACAUUAUUAAAAAGUGUGAAGCCCUUGAUAGGUUUUGCCGGCCAAUAAUGACGAAGCCAAUCCCUACGCCAGCAAAACCAGCCACUCCUGAGCUAGCCUCUCCAGGUCCAUUCCAAGGCAGUGAGUCUCAACCUCAAGGGGCUAACAAUGCUGAUUCCAGCCCUAGCCAAAACACGGGAGCAGGGGUUGGACAAGAAGUACCGGCAGCAGCAGCAGCAGAGCCCAUGGGAACAGACAAAUCCGAGGGUUCCCAAAAUCUGUGAUGGUAGUUAUAUCUAUAUUAAGUUGCAGCAUACUUGAAUCUUUUUUAUAUGACUAGCAAAACCUGGAUUUGGGACUUGUGUGAUCACCGUCAAAUGUUAGAUAAUGUUGAUCAUAUCUCUAUAUACUUUGACAGCUAACCAAGGUUUGUUGAUGUAUAAGUGAUUCCUUGUAAUCCUGUUUU